AGAUUAAAGUCUUCGGGUGUUGUUGCGGGGUCUAUAACGAAAGAUGAGGAAGAUGACUGUGUGAUUUUGGAUGGUGAUCCUAAUAAACCAGUGGCAAUAGAGAACGAUUCGGGGGCUGAUUCGGAUGAUUUGCUAGGUGUGCAUGGGGGCGUGAAGCGAGAGGAAAUUUUCACUAACAAGCAGCCCACGGCCACUACCGCACUGCCUUCUGCCCUUCAUCCUCUACUUGAACCCCACACCGACGAAGAGCAAACCUUUCUG